CGGCUGUGUGACCGGGACUCUCUAACUUCCUGCUCGGGAGCUGCUGCCUCUUCUCCUCCGCUGAGUUGUGUGAAGUCCGGACGGAGCUGAUAACGUGUGAAGAAGCUUCACGUCCAACAUGUGUCUCCGUCUGUCCUCUGUCCUCGACACAGACACCGAGUGAACCGGACACUUCCCCCGCCUGUUUCCCCCGAGCGAACCCCCGGCCACAAUGCUGGCGUCGCGUCGGCUCCUCCGCUGCUCAGACUUGGGGAAACAAACCGCGUAUUGUCGGUGAAUUCUCGGGAGAUGGCAGAGUAGUUGGACCCGUGUCAGUGACCGAGCCUCCGUUAAACAGCACUUUGAAGAACAACACACGAGGUCUACGAUGACAGCUGGGGACAUGUUUCCUUUGGUUUUGAUCGUCCUGGUCCUUCCCUGUUCUUGCGUGGAAGGUGAGGGCAGCGCGGGAGACUCUGUAUGUUUGUGUGACGGACCGUCUUGUAACAAUGGGGACAGGUGUUUCGGCCAGCAGUGCUUCACCUCUCUCUCAGUACUGAACGGGACAUCAGUCCUUGAGAAGGGCUGCAUUGUGGGUAGUGAAUUGUCCCUGCGCUGUGGAAGCCCGCCGUCUCCUGAGCUGAUGGUCGAGUGCUGCAAUGGGGAUUUGUGUAACAUGAACGUCACUUUGCAGUCACUGGUGAAAGAUACCGAACUGUCUGCUGGCAGACCAGUCCUCAGAGACCAGGAGUGUGUGUGUGAGGGCGGCGUGUGCGAGCGUGACCGCCGCUGCACAGGGCAGCAGUGUUUCUCCUCUCUGAAGAUGAUUGAUGGGGUGGCCGUCCAACAGAAGGGCUGCCUGAGGGACGACGAAGAGGGCAGAACCACCUGUGCCAUGCCACCCUCGUCGGCCCAUGUUGUCAAGUGCUGCCAGGGCCAUCUGUGUAACAUGAACGUCAGCGUGCAGGCUCUCGGGAAAGAGGAGGAAGUGAAGGCCCUGAGCAAACAGGAGCACGAGUGUGUGUGUGAAGGCAGCUCGUGUGUAACAGGCAGUCGUUGCAUGGGCCACCAGUGUUUCUCCUCUCUGACAGUCAAUGGCGGCUCCCUGGUGUACCAGAAGGGCUGCUUUAAGGUUUAUGAGCAGAGCACAUUGACCUGUAAGACCCCACCUUCCAGAGACCAGAUUGUGGAGUGCUGCCAAGGGCCCCUGUGUAACAUGAACAGCACUGUGGAGCUGCCUGUCAAAGCUGAUGAGUUGUCAAACUACAGCGUGACCACACUGGUUAUGGUCAUCGUGGCACCCAUCAUCGCCCUAAUCAUCCUCUCUGCCGUCGCCAUCCUGGUGUUCAGACGCAUCCACAACAACCAAAUGGAGAGACUAACAUCACGAGAUGCUGAGUAUGGAACCAUCGACGGCCUCAUAGCAUCGAACGUCGGGGAGAGCACUCUGGCGGAUUUGCUGGAUCAUUCCUGCACUUCAGGCAGCGGCUCAGGACUCCCAUUCCUUGUUCAGAGAACCGUUGCUCGACAAAUUACACUCAAUGAGUGUGUGGGUAAAGGACGUUACGGUGAAGUGUGGAGGGGUCAGUGGCAGGGGGAAAGCGUCGCCGUCAAAAUCUUCUCCUCUAGAGACGAGAAGUCCUGGUUCCGAGAGACUGAGAUCUACAACACGGUGCUGCUGAGACACGAGAACAUCCUGGGCUUCAUAGCUUCAGACAUGACCUCGAGGAACUCAAGCACUCAGCUCUGGCUCAUCACUCACUUCCACGAGAUGGGCUCCCUGUACGACUACCUUCAACUCAGCACCCUCGACGCAUCCAGCUGCCUCCGCAUGGCCCUUUCCAUCGCGAGCGGCUUGGCACAUCUCCAUGUCGAGAUCUUCGGCACACAGGGCAAACCGGCGAUCGCCCACCGAGACCUCAAGAGCAAAAACAUACUGGUUAAAAAGAACGGCCAGUGCUGCAUCGCUGAUCUCGGCCUGGCAGUCAUGCAUUUUCAAGACACCAAUGAGCUGGAUGUGGGGAACAACCCUAAAGUCGGCACAAAGCGCUACAUGGCCCCCGAGGUGCUUGACGACUCCAUCCAGAUGGACUGUUUCGAGUCCUACAAGAGAGUGGACAUCUGGGCGCUGGGCCUCGUCCUGUGGGAGAUCGCCAGGAGGACAGUCAGUAACGGCAUCGUGGAGGACUACAAGCCACCUUUUCAUGACGUGGUCCCAAGUGAUCCCAGUUUUGAGGACAUGAAGAAGGUUGUGUGUGUGGAUCAGCAGAGACCCAACAUCCCAAAUAGAUGGUUUUCAGACCCAACUUUAACCUCCAUGGCCAAACUCAUGAAGGAGUGCUGGUACCAGAAUCCAUCAGCCAGAUUAACAGCGUUACGCAUCAAAAAGACUCUCACAAAGAUCGACAACUCUCUGGACAAAAUCAAAACAGACAUUUGAGUCUGCCGGGAGAAGACGAGAGUGGACAUUUGCUAAAGACCUUUUGAAGACAUCCAGAGGGUGGACCAGCUAAGAGAAAUGUCAGAAAUUAAAAAGACUUGGAUGGGUCCGGUGCCCUUAUAGUGGCACAGACCUGUAUUUAUUUUAAAACACUUGGCGGGGGACAAAUUUUGGCAUCCAAAGAUGGUUUACCGGGCAUUCCUUAGACUGCAAGUGGUCUUGGAAAUAGGAAAAUAUCUACUCAACUUAUAACACUGUUAGAAAUGUUCUUCAAGGAAGAAAACUGUUACCUGGGCAUUUGAGUAGGCUUGCAUUUGUUAGAACCACAGAUUUGUUUUGUUCUUUUUAGUUAAAAAAAAUGUCAGAACAUAUAAGCAGUUUCACUUUAUCUCUGUAAUUGUGCUGCAUAAUUUGUUUGAUUUAUGGUGAAUUCAUUUGGAAAAGAGGUCCACUUGCCAAUUGAACUUGCCAAUUUAUGCAUCAUACUCUCUGAAACACAGCAAAGUAGUGUUAUGUUUUACUUAGUGAGUCAUGCACCGCUGUUUACUACGCUGUCAGAAUAAGUUACUCUGGAUCUUGACAAUCCUGUAACAUUUAGUCCAACAGCUUCUUCUCCUGAUAUAUAUCGUCCAACCCAAGAUACUCUGUUGCAGACUUUUUGUAUAUCACCAUGGGUUUUACAUUGAAUUAUAUUACCUGUUCUAUGUUUUGUUCUCUACAGCUUUACAGACACAAAUGCUAAAAGAACAAAUAAAAUAUCUGCUAGACAAUGCUGAAAUCUCCAGAGGCCUGUAAAGUAAGCCUGUAAAGCCUGUAUACUGUCUUAACGCGUGCAUUGUUGUCUUAAUGCGUGCAUUGUCAAGUAAAUGAAGUCAAACUUCAGCCUUUUUUUAUUUCUUUAACAUUUUAUAUCAAUUAGCGAUUUAUAUUAAUUAAAUAGAAAAAAAAUGUAUUUCACUUGUGUCAUUUGUCUUGAUGCUGUGUGUAGUAGGUACUGUUAUUAACCAUGUUAGCGACAUGGCUGCAGAGACGACUCUUCUGUCAAUUAAUACAACACUUUGGUCCAUACUGAUGUAUUUCAACCGCGUUUGGAUUGGCAGUCGGAGAUUUGUAUGAUUUUGGUUUUCAGUGAAAUAUUUUAACUACUUACUGGGUCAUUUAGGAACUUGUGUACAUAUUCAGUGACAAAGAUACAUUCUUUAGACUUUGAUGAGCCCUUGAUUUGGGUUCAUAACCACAAUAGCUGCAGUAUUAAAGGCACCCCCACCAUUAUUAGCAUUUUCAGUUGUACUUGGUGUUUAGUGCUAAUUAGCAAAUGUUGGUAUGCUAACAUGCUAUUCUACGAUGGAGAACCCUGACAAAAAAUAGAAUCUCAAUGUCAGCAUGUUUACAUCCUAGCUGCUUUGAGCUAAAUGCUAACACAUCAGCAUUUAGCUCGAAGUGCCACUAAGCCUGAGGCUGUAGUGUGGCUGUGGACCAUAGACUGUUUAUUAAGAUGGACUACAUAAUGACUCCCCUAAAUUGAAGCCAAAGCUUAUCGUUCACCACCUGGUGGUUGGCUGCAGUAUAGGUCGUACACCUCGCUGGAUCAAACUAAAAAGUAAAAGUACAGGUUGAAUACAUUUUUCUCAAAGGUGGUUGCUGUCAUUUUAGGUAGUUCUUAGCACACUGUGUGGUUAAAUGCUCAUUUAAUAAGUUCAGUAAGUUUGGUUUUAAAUACUUGAUUUUACAAAAACAGUGAAACAUGAUUGGCGGCUGAGACUGACUAACGAUUGGUUGUGUGUAUGGGCGGGACCUCGCUAACCCUGAUCGCAACUCCAAAUCAUGUCUACGGCACAAGAUGGCAGUGCUGGUAUCCAGGAUAUUUUGGCUUGAUUUCUGAAUAGUGGGAGGAAGUGGAGACACAUCGUCCAUCUUCAUCAUACAGACUAUGCUGGGAACCUUUAUUAAGUAACUCGGUGUGUUUGAGUUUCUUUGCCCAUUUCAAUUUAGUUUCCUGGACUUUGGCAUUAAAACGUUAUUAUUGCAUCUUUAACUUAUAAA